CCUCGAUCUCCUUCCUGCGCAUAGAGAUUCUUCCCUGGAAGAGGCGUAAAGUGCGGGUGACUGGAGACGGUCUCGCGAGAGUGAAAGCAAGUGUCGCGAUUUUUUUUUUCGCCUAGCGACUGACAACAAGCUGUUUGCUCAAAGUAGAGUCCGUUAAGUGGACUGGCCUGAGAUUGGAGUGAGACCCCAGCCCUAGGCUGGGGUUCUUCCCAUUUAGAGGAGACGGAUUCAGAGGGGCUACAGACCAAGAUUGUUGAAAACCAGACAUAUGAUGAGCGUCUAGAGAUUAACGACGCUGAAGAGGUUGCAAGUAUUAAUACUCCAACCCCAAAACACCAAGGACUUCCUCAUCCUGCCUGUCUUCCUAACAAGAUUAUGGCUGAUAACAGCAGUGAUGAGUAUGAAGAGGAAAAUAACAAGGAGAAGAAGAAGACCUCACAGUUGACACCUCAACAAGGCUUUAGUGAAAAUGAUGAUGAUGACGAUGAUGAUGACUCAUCUGAAACUGACUCUGAUGAUGAUGAUGAUGAAGAGCAUGGAGCCCCUCUGGAAGGGGCCUAUGACCCUGCAGAUUAUGAGCAUUUGCCAGUUUCUGUGGAGAUUAAGGAACUCUUUCAGUACAUCAGUAGGUAUACACCUCAGUUGAUUGACCUGGACCACAAACUGAAACCUUUCAUUCCUGAUUUUAUCCCAGCUGUCGGGGAUAUUGAUGCAUUCUUAAAGGUCCCACGUCCUGAUGGAAAGCCUGACAACCUUGGCCUGUUGGUAUUGGAUGAACCUUCUACAAAACAGUCAGACCCUACAGUGCUCUCUCUCUGGUUAACAGAGAAUUCCAAGCAGCACAAUGUCACACAACAUAUGAAAGUAAAGAGCCUGGAAGAUGCAGAAAAGAAUCCCAAAGCCAUUGACACAUGGAUUGAGAGCAUCUCUGAAUUACACCGUUCUAAGCCCCCUGCGACUGUGCACUACACCAGACCCAUGCCUGACAUUGACACGCUGAUGGAGGAAUGGUCCCCAGAGUUUGAAGAGCUUUUGGGCAAGGUGAGCCUGCCCACAGCAGAGAUUGAUUGCAGUCUGACAGAAUACAUUGACAUGAUCUGUGCCAUCCUAGACAUCCCUGUCUACAAGAGUCGGAUUCAGUCCCUUCACCUGCUCUUUUCCGUCUACUCGGAAUUCAAGAACUCACAGCAUUUUAAAGUUCUCGCUGAAGGCAAGAAAGCAUUUACCCCUCCAUCCAACUCCGCUUCCCAAGCUGGAGACGCAGAGACAUUGACCUUCAGCUGAGACACCUCCCAAGGCUCUCUGUUUCAGGGCUGAGUGGGCUGCUCCACCCCAGCUGAGACGGAGAGAUUGUUGUCAGGCACCUGGUAUCCUUGCCCAUGCCACAGCUUGGCUCAGGGGCUGUGUGUGUCCUGCCAUCCUUUCUGCCAGAGAGCUCCCCACAUAUUUGUUAAACAGCUCUGCCUGUCUCAGACUGCCUUCCCAGGGGAGUUAUGCAUCUACUCCACUGUGGAGAUUUGAGUUAAAAGAAUUGGGAUUUCUGAGAUGCUCUGGCUCAGGUUGAGAGGAAAGCUUAAAAGAUGUUCUUUUAGGGAUAGGGAUGGAAUUAUUUUCUUUCUUAAAGUUAGGUGGCAUAGAUCUUACAAAUAAAAUGCUCUAUCUGUCAGGUUA